AUGGACGUAGUACAGGUAAAGGCCGUACUUGACGCCCGCCACCCCGAUGUUGUGCGUCUCUUUCAGGAGAGUGUGCCAGAAGUGGGGCUUAGGCGAUUGGACGAGUGUGUGCUGGAGUAUCUGCUGAAGAUGUUGGAGGGACAGAUGGACCCAGAGUCUUAUCUACCCGAUGAGACCAUACAACAGACACUCAAGUUGUACUUUACAGAGUUUGACGUUUGUGCUAACGAUGAGGCCGUUCAAAAGGCAGUGGAGGAAAUUUAUACAAAGAUGGAGGCAGCAGGAUUGGUACAGAAACCGAAGGAGGACUCUAGUCGUCUUGUGAAUGCCAUCAGUAUUGGACGACAAUACGAGGAGAAUCUUAAGAAGGCCACAAUGAUAGGUAGUGUUGGUAAGGUGGCACUUGUAAACACGAAUGAGGACUGGACAUGGGAGACAAAACGUAAUGCUGCUAAGGAGACACGUAGGAAACGUAAAGAAGAGGAAAAGAAGUCUAUGUUAACAGAAGAAUAUGAAGAAUUUUUGCGUAAGCGAGGUAUUGCUAGCGCUGCCACCAUUGUGAAAUUACAUCACAAAAAUGAGGGAGCACAGUACAGUACAGAUAUACGUUGUGAAAAUAUUCAUAUUCACAUGGGAAAACAAGUUUUACUUGAUAAUACAGAACUUACCAUCCUUACUGGACAUAAAUAUGGUCUUGUUGGUCGUAAUGGUACAGGUAAGACAACUUUACUGCGUGCUCUUACAGAGCGAGAAUUAGAAGGUGUAAGUCCUUUUGUACAAAUUUUACAUGUGGAACAAGAAGUGGUGGCUGGAAACGAUUCACCAUUACAAGUUAUACUUGCUUCUGACGUGGAACGUGAACAAUUAUUAAAGGAGGAGCAAGAGUUAUUAAAACGCAGUGAUGAUGAGGCGAGUGCACGAUUAAAGGAUGUGUAUGAGCGUCUUGAUCUUAUUGAAGCACAUAGUGCAGAAGCACGAGCAGCAUCUAUUUUAAGUGGAUUGAGUUUUACACGAGAGAUGAUGACAGGACCUACUAAAAAUCUUUCUGGUGGUUGGCGCAUGCGUGUGGCGUUGGCCCGCGCUUUGUUUGUUGAACCAGAUGUACUACUUCUGGAUGAGCCGACUAACCAUCUUGAUCUCUUUGCUGUUUUGUGGCUUGAACAGUUUUUAAGAGACUGGCGCCGAACACUUGUGGUGGUUUCUCACUCUCGUUCCUUUUUAAAUAACGUUUGUGAGGAAAUUAUUCAUCUGAAUGAUAAGAAACUGGAGUAUUAUACGGGUAAUUAUGAUCAAUUUGAGCUUACACGUGUGGAACAAUUACGACAACAGAAAAAGACUCAUGAAGCACAAGAGAAGCAGCGUGCACAUAUGCAGAAAUUUAUUGAUCGAUUCCGCUAUAAUGCGAAUCGUGCAAAAAUGGCUCAAUCACGUAUUAAAAUGUUAGAACGAAUGGAAUUUGUAUCCGACGUAAAGUAUGAUCCACAAUUUUCUUUCAGAUUUCCCGAACCAGAAGCGGUAUCAGGUUCAUAUUUACAAAUGGUUGAUGCUGAAUUUGGUUAUAAACCUGGUGAAGUACUUUUCCGUGAUGUUAACUUUGGUCUUGAUGAUUCCUCUCGUAUAGGUUUAUUGGGUGCUAAUGGAGCAGGAAAGUCAACAUUUAUGAAUUUAUGUCUUGGCAAAUUGGAACCUCGUCAAGGACAUGUUGUACGUAAUAAGAAGAUACGAAUUGCUCAUUUUGCACAACAUCAUUUAGAGUCUCUUACACCACAACUCUCAUCUAUUGAAUUUAUGCGAUCUAAAUUUCCUCAUAUAGAAGACCAACAAUUGCGUGCCCAUCUUGGUUCACUAGGUCUUGCAGGUGAUAAGGCAUUACAACCUAUUUACACUCUUUCUGGUGGUCAAAAGUCACGUGUUGUAUUGGCUUGGAUUACCUUUACCCGUCCACAUUUAUUAUUGCUUGAUGAACCAACAAAUCAUCUUGAUAUUGACACUGUUGAUGCUCUUAUUGAGGCAUUAUUGGAGUUUAAGGGUGGUUUAUUGGUGAUUUCUCACGAUGAACAUUUUAUUACUUCGUUAUGUGAUGAAAUGCACGUGUGCGCCAAUGAGAGUAUCAAACGUUUUGAUGGCGACUUUACUGAAUACCGCGAAGUUGUUCUUAAGCAGCUGCGUUAA